GUGUGAUGUGGGGUGCGCAUGUGUGCUGCAAAUCGUGCAGGAGCUGGAGAUCGGGUCGUCAGAAAUAGAAGUGAUGCCGAGCUUACGCUUUCGUAUCCCUGUACUUUUGCAGUGGAACACGGUAUAAAAAGAAAAUCAUGCUUGAGUCCAUAAAACUCCCCAUCACGGUGAAAGCCGACGUGAACUUAGUGCUGGUUGCCUUGACACUUAUGGGACUGGUAACGAGGCUCUGUGGGAUUAAUUUCCCCAAAGCUGUAGUGUUUGAUGAAGUUUACUAUGGGCAGUUUGUCUCUCUCUACAUGAAGCAGCUCUUUUUUAUCGAUGAGAGUGGCCCACCGUUAGGUCAUAUGAUCUUGGCACUUGGAGCAUAUCUCGGAGGAUUUGAUGGGAACUUUGUCUGGGACAGAAUCGGUGCAGAGUACACCAGCAAUGUGCCAGUGUGGAGUCUGCGGGUGAUCCCCGCAUUGGCAGGGGCCCUCUGUGUGCCCCUUGGAUAUCAGGUGAUGGUGGAACUGCGCUACUCCCACCUUACAGCAGUGGGCGCCACUCUGCUCCUCCUCUUAGAAAAUGCCCUGAUUGUCCAGUCUCGCUUCAUGUUAUUGGAGUCUUUGCUGAUCUUCUUCCUGCUUACGGCUGUACUGUUCUAUCUGAGAUUCCAUAAUGCUUACAGUUCCGGUGAGAGAUCUCUUACAUUGUGGGUGUGGCUAGUGAUGUCGGGAGUCUCAUGUGCCUGUGCACUGGGGGUGAAGUACACUGGUGUCUUCACUUACAUGCUUCUGCUGGGGCUUGCAGUGUUUCACACCUGGCAGCUUAUUGGAAACCAAGCACUGAGCAAUGCAUUGGUGAUGGUUCAAGUGAUGGUUCGUUCCUUUGCACUCUUGAUCCUACCUGUGUUGUGCUACUUUGGAUUUUUCUAUGUACACCUGAGCCUGCUGUGCCGCAGUGGACCCCAUGAUCCGAUGAUGAGCAGUGCGUUUCAGGCCAGCCUCGAGGGUGGCUUGUCAAGGAUCACACAGUGGCAGCCACUAGAGGUUGCUUAUGGCUCUCAGGUGACAUUACGCAGCGUGUCAAGCAAACCUGUACCAUGCUGGCUUCACUCCCACAGGGUCAACUAUCCUAUUAGGUAUGAAGAUGGGCGUGGAAGCUCCCACCAACAGCAGAUCACCUGCUAUCCCUUCAAAGACGUCAAUAACUGGUGGGUUAUCAAAGAUCCAGGCAGGCAGGAACUGGUAGUGAGCAGCCCACCCCAGACAGUUAAGCAUGGUGACAUCAUCCAGCUGGUACAUGGAAUGACAUCACGGUUCCUAAAUACGCAUGAUGUUGCUGCUCCUGUGAGCCCUCACUUACAGGAGGUGUCUGGCUACAUUGAUUUCAAUGUAUCAAUGCCUUCCCAAAACUUAUGGAAAGUGGAAAUACUCAACAGGGAGUCUGAGAGAGCAGUUUGGAAAACAAUUUAUUCAGAGGUGCAGCUGGUUCAUGUGAACACCUCUGCGGUGCUUAAGCUGAGUGGCGCUUCUCUGCCAGAGUGGGGCUUCAGGCAGUUGGAAGUCGUGGGGGACAAGCUGUCCAAGGGCUACCAGCAGAGGUGGGCUUGGAACGUGGAGGAACAUCGCUAUGGAAGGAGCCACGAGCAGAAAGAGAGGGAGCAGGAACUGCAUUCCCCCACUCACAUUGACAUCAGCCGCAAUCUCACCUUCAUAGACAAGUUUCUGGAGGUACAGCUAAAGAUGCUUACAAUGAAAAUUGAGGAGACGGAACACAAAUACAGCUCCUCUCCUCUGGAAUGGGUCACCAUGGACACAAAUAUUGUGUACUGGCUUCAUCCUUCCAGCAAUGCUCAGAUCCACUUGAUUGGCAAUAUUGUCACGUGGACUUUUGCAAAUCUGGGCCUUGCUUUGUUUUCUCUUCUGUUCAUCUGGUACCUGCUGAGACGACGACGCAAUAUACACGACAUCCCCGAAGAAACGUGGCAUCAGUUUGUUCAAGCGGGUGCAGUAUGUGCUGGUGGCUGGGUGGUGAACUAUCUGCCCUUCUUCAUGAUGGAGAAGACACUCUUUUUGUACCAUUACUUGCCAGCUCUCACCUUCAAGAUCCUGUUGUUAUCAGUGGUCAUUGAGCAUCUCCAUGUUCACAUCUUCAGGUCUUCUUUACAGCGACGCUCUCUGGAGGGUGUCCUCCUUGCAGGACUGGCCCUGGUGUACGUAUGCUAUCACACCCUCAGUCCUUUCACCUAUGGCUACCCAGAGCUUAGUUCUGAGGACAUUCCCUUUCUGCGCUGGAGGGAAAGCUGGGACAUCCUGAUCCGGCAGCACUAACCGCUGGGGAGGCUGUAUCUCCACUCUGAGGGCUGUGGCCCCCAAAAUAUUGUCCGUUUGCACUGCUGAGACGUCACUGCAGUACGCACUGGCUGUAUGGUGUGGGAGGAGUUAAUGCAGAGUUCCAGUGACUGUAAUAACUGAGGCAAUAAAAUGUUUUAAUGCGACUGCAGCAGUAUAUUUCAAAUUGUUUUUAUGUUUUGCUAAUUAAGUUUUGUGCUCAUCACUCAAAACAAAAUGUGACCAUCAAAUGGCUGUAUAAAAAAUUGCAUUAACUUUUUUGUACAGGUAAAGUUAUUUUUGUUUUGAUCCUUUUUAGGUAAUAAAAUGCACAAAAAGUA